AAAUACCGCCUCCAAACCCAAAAGAGAGGGCAAGAUGAUGUUGGAAGCUUCUGGGGAAAGCAUGGCGACGGCUCAACACAGCUCUUACAGGCCGCUGCUCUUGCUGCGAGACACUGAUUCCCAACACCGGUGGAACAUCGAAGAUACGGCGGAGGUCAAGGCGAUGUUGUGCAGUACUUGGACAGAUGAUGGGCCACAGAUCCACAGGCCUCACUGCGAUCCUUGCAUUGCGGCAGAGCAAGACCAGUGUGCCCUGGCCAGGGCACGAAGACGACGGAGGCUGGCGGCCAAUGCAAGGGAGCGCAGAAGGAUGCUGGGCCUGAACGUGGCUUUCGACAGGCUGAGGAGCGUCAUCCCCAACGUGGAGAGUGCCAGAAAGCUGUCAAAGUCGGAGACACUCCAGAUGGCGCAGAUCUACAUCAGUACACUGAGCGAGCUGCUGCAGGGACAGGACAGUGAGUGCGGACAGUGGCGCGCUGCAGCACAGAGGGACCACGCAGGACAGCGACAGCAAGCCACAGCAGUACAAGGAGAACAGACACAGCAGAGCGUCGAACAGAACACCUCCCCACAUCAGAAUACCGUUCAGGAACACGUCGUAGACACUGUCCGGCCGCACAUGGAGCGCAAAGCCACCACGCACUGCUGGGAAAGAAGCAACGGCGCCAAGUAAAAUGUCUACAGAACGUGUUUUACAUUUUUUAAUGUAGGCUCUAUAUUGCACUUUGUUAGUGAUAAUUUAUGUAAUAAUGAUGAUCAGGUCAUGAUUGACAAA